CGCAUGGCGCAUGCGUUGUGAUACUGUCAUGGCGGCUUCCAUGUUAAUCCGUACAGCCGUUCUGCAUUGAAUUGUGUGGGCAGAGCCCGGGAGGGAUAGAACAGCCAUGGCGACCGGCGGGGGUGGAAGGUCGUUUCUGGCUGAUGCCGGCCAUGGGGAGCAGGAGCUGGACGCCAACUCCGCCCUGAUGGAGCUGGAUAAAGGGUUGCGAUCUGGGAAGCUCGGGGAGCAGUGUGAAGCCGUCGUCCGUUUUCCAAGACUGUUUCAAAAGUAUCCGUUCCCCAUCCUCAUCAACUCUGCUUUUCUCAAGCUGGCUGAUGUGUUCCGAGUUGGGAAUAAUUUUCUCCGACUGUGUGUACUGAAAGUGACACAGCAGAGUGAGAAGCACCUGGAGAAAAUCCUCAAUGUGGAUGAAUUUGUCAAGAGAAUCUUCUCUGUCAUACAUAGCAAUGACCCAGUGGCUCGUGCAAUUACAUUGCGGAUGCUGGGUAGUCUGGCUUCCAUAAUUCCCGACCGAAAGAACGCUCAUCACAGUAUACGUCAGAGUUUGGAUUCACACGAUAAUGUGGAGGUGGAGGCUGCAAUAUUUGCUGCCGCCAAUUUUUCUGCACAGUCAAAAGAUUUUGCUGCUGGAAUCUGCAAUAAAAUUGGUGAAAUGAUUCAAGGUUUGGCUACCCCGGUGGACUUGAAGCUUAAACUCAUCCCAAUACUGCAGCACAUGCACCAUGAUGCCAUUUUGGCCUCCAACAGCCGUCAGCUUCUACAGCAGUUGGUGACAUCAUAUCCAUCGACAAAGAUGGUGAUUGUCACUCUGCACACCUUUACCCUAUUGGCUGCUUCUUCGCUGGUUGACAUUCCAAAACAGAUUCAGCUUUUGCUGCAGUACCUGAAAAAUGACCCCAGAAAAGCUGUGAAGAGACUUGCUAUUCAAGACCUGAAAUUUCUUGCCAACAAAACCCCUCAUACCUGGAGCAGAGACAAUGUUCAGGCCCUGUGUGAGUGCGCCCUGCAAACCCCAUAUGACAGCCUGAAGCUGGGUAUGGUCUCCGUUCUGUCUACUCUGUCUGGGAGCAUCUGCAUUAAGCAAUACUUCAACACGACACAAGGGGCCACUUCUGGUACAUCCAGGUACACAGAUUUGAUAAAGCUGGCACAGGAGUGCAGUUACCAUAGUAACCGCAGCAUUGCUGCACAUGGAGUGAUGGUUCUCACUAAUAUUGUCUCAUCUUGUCAAGAUAUAGAUCAGCUGUCUCUGGAGAAGGAUGCUGUGUAUGGCCUGGAAUCUCUGCUUGUUCUGUGCAGUCAGGAUAACAGCGCAGGUGCUCAGCAUACACUAAAGAUUGCCUUGUCCUGUAUGGUGAAGAUGGCAAAGUGCCGGCCAUACCUGAGUCAGUCCGUAGUGGAAUCUCUUCUGACCCAGCUACACAGUGCCCAGGACUCUGCCCGGAUCUGUCUAUGCCAUUGCCUGGCCUCUGUCGCCAUGCAGCUGCCAGUGCUGGGGGACGGCAUGCUGGGAGAUUUGGUGGAGCUCUACAAAGUCAUUGGGAGAUCAGCGACAGACAAACAACAAGAGCUUCUGGUUGCCCUUGCUACUGUUAUUUUUGUGGCAAGUCAGAAAGCUCUGUCUCCAGAUGUCAAAACUGUAAUCAAACAGCAGCUAGAGAAUGUGUCCAAUGGCUGGACUGUGUAUAGGAUUGCCAGACAAGCUUCCCGAAUGGGGAACCAUGAUAUGGCUCGGGAGCUGUAUCGGAGCCUGCUCACACAGGUGGCCUCAGAACACUUCUAUUUCUGGUUGAACAGCCUGAAGGAAUUCUCCAUGGCCGAGCAGUGCCUGACUCAGCUGCAAGAAGAUGACAUUGGCUCCGCCCUUUCAUCCAUUGCUGACUCCCUGAAAUCCUACCAUAAAGGGAUUGCCUCCCUUACAGCUGCCAGUACACCCAUGAGCCCUUUAAGCUUCCAGUGUGACUUUGUGAAGCUGCGUAUAGACCUUCUUCAAGCUUUCUUCCAGCUUAUUUGCACAUGUAACAGUCUGAAGACCAGCCCUCCUCCAGCCAUCGCCUCUACCAUGGCCAUGACUUCCGGCAAUGAUCUGCAACGCUGUGGGCGCAUUUCUACCCAGAUGAAGCUGUCUAUGGAAGAGUUCAAGAACCUCGCCACUCGUUAUGGUGAUCUGUAUCAGUCUUCCUUUGAUGCUGAUUGUGCAACUUUGAGAAACAUCGAGCUACAACAACAAAGUUGCCUUUUAAUAUCUCACACCAUAGAAGCUCUAAUCUUGGAUCCGGAUUCUUGCAGUUUCCAGGAAUGCAGUUUCAGUGGGUCCAUACAAGCAGAUAGUGAAUAUGAACGCAGAAUGGUGUCUGUCUUUAACCAGGUUCUAGAGGAAGUUGAGCUUCUGGGACGAAAAAACCCUCCAGUAUCUUAUCUGCACACCACCUGCCUGUGCAACGCGGUCAUAAGUCUGCUGAAAGUUCCCCUCUCUUUUCAGAGAUAUUUCUUCCAGAAGCUGCAAUCUACAAGCAUCAAACUCGCCUUGUCUCCAUCACCUCGCAACCCCACAGAGCCAAUAGCUGUACAGAGCAACCAGCAGAUGGCGCUCAAGGUGGAAGGAGUGGUACAGCAUGGAUCCAAACCUGGUCUAUUCCGAAAGAUUCAGUCUGUCUGCCUCAAUGUCUCUUCUACACUGCAGAGUAAACCAGGCCAGGACUUUAAGAUGCCUCUGGAAGGUGUAAGGAGUGAGAUAGAGCAGAGGGUGGAGCCUCAUAAUGAUUAUUUCAGUACACAGUUCUUGUUAAACCUCUCUGUGUUGGGGACACACCAGAUCACCGUAGAAUCCUCUGUGGUGGACUCCAAUGGCGUGCUCUGGAAAACCGGACCCAAGACCACAAUCUUCGUCAAAUCAUUAGAAGAUCCAUACACUCAGCAGGUACGGCUACAGCAGCAGCAGCAACAGCAGCAGCAACAACCGGUCCAGCAGCCUGCCCAGCAGCCUGUCCAGCAACAGAGAAGCGCUUUUUCCCGAUUCUAACAUUACUAUGAGAUGAUCUGUUUUAUGUCCAACUACGACUGGUUUUGUUAUUUUUUUUUAUAUAUAAAAUGUCAAUAGAAAGUACAUAUAGUGUGCCUUUUUUGUGUGUGCUUGCAAUCCUUUUUCCCCUUUUGACCUGACUACGUAUACAUUCUAUAUUAAAGGAAAAUGUAUGGGUACUUGGUAAUGCUAGGACCCAGAAAAAAAAAUAAUAAAGUGCGCAAUUUCCCACUAUAAAGCAAUACAACUACUUGGGAAAACUUGAUUGGGCAAAAUCCAUGGACUUUAAAGGCACAAGAAUACAGAUAUAUAAAAUUAAAUUCCACCUUUAUUGAUGCACAUUUAAAACACAGGAAAUCAGUGGACAGUGAAAAUGCAUUAAAAACACCCUUAGUAGGACAUGAUAUAUACUGUUAAAUAUUCCUAAACCUGCUGGCUUAAGGUAGCAUAUAGUAUUUCUGCUAUAGAUGGCUUGACAUGUUUCGCAGAAACUGCUUCUUCAGGAGGUUCUUUGGGUGCUGGAUAGCUAAAAGGUGUGACAAGUCAGAUGCAUCUGUGGUUUUGAAUAAUAUGUCAGGGCAAGCAGAGGGGGAAGGAAUCCACCCAUAAGACACGGCACACAUGCAGACAGGGUGCUGCUUGUAUUUAUAAAGACCUGGGUAAAUUUAGUUAGACCCCUUUCACACUGAAGCGCUGCUAAAACAGCCGUUGAAGCCCCGGUCAUUUUUUGCGGUGCUUCAACGGCGCUUUUGGUGACACGUUUUGUGGCACGUUCUAAUCUUUCAAGGCGCUUUGGAAGCGCUUCCCAUUCAUUUCAAUGCGCUUUUUGCAGCGCUCCAACUGCCUCCCAAAAAGAUGUUGCUUGUAGGACUUUUUCUACUGUCCUGCAAGCACACAGCCCCAGUGUGAAAGCACCCAUUCAAAUUAAUGGGAGGCAGUUUUUAGGCGCUAUUUUUAGCGCUAAAAUACCUGAAAACUGCCUCAUGUGAAACGGGUUUAAGAAUCGCAAGACUCCCUGAAUGGGUAAAUACUAUAUGUAUUCAAUUACUAAUGGGAAGUAUGUAGGGCGCAGCAUUACAUUAUUCCAUUGGGGGCCAACAAAGAUCCAUAACUUGUCUUAUGUAAAUCCACCAUUGGGAGGCCCCUAGAUCGUCCUCAAUACCCAAUUCUAUUGCUGGUAGUGGUAUAGAAAAUUCCAUGCCUGACAUGUUUGCUAUUUACUUACCGUAACGUCAUCUUUUAUAUUGUACCUAACAAAUUUAGCUGUAUUUUUCUUGCUACUACUAUAACCUUGCACCAAAGGACAACCCACAAUAAAUGAUCCUGUUUUCUGAGGAUGCAGCGAUGGCA